CGCCGGGAACUCCAUCCAGAUAGCCAAGGACAGGGCCCAGAGGGCUGCAGACGCCCUUCUCGCCUGGGCAAAGAAGUCGAAGAUGGUCGUUGCAGCUGAGAAGACCCAGAUGCUGGUGUUGUCACAGUGGCACCGCGACGCAGUCGACUGCCAGAUUAAGAUGGCGGGGAAGACAGUGUCAGCCACGGACUCCAUCAGCCUACUCGGCGUGCAGUUAGACCGUCUCCUCCACUUCGGCCCCCACUGCCAUAAGCUGAGGAAGAAGGUCCGCCCACGCAUCGCGCAGCUGCGUCAGCUGUCCGGACGCUCCUGGGGCCUCGAGGAGGACCUGCUCCGGACAGUAGCCAGCGGCUAUGUCCGAGGAGCCCUGGAGCAUGCCGCAGCAGCCUGGCUUCCUGCCACGCCGCCCUCCCACGUGGAACUUCUGGAGAGGGAAAUGAGAGCAGCGGCGAGAGUCGUCACGGGGUGCACUCGCAGCACUCCGUCGGACGCGCUCAUGGCGGAAGCGGGCCUUCUCCCGGUAUCGGUGAGGAGAAGGACACUGGCUGCGCGUUUCCUGGCCAAGGCGACUGCGCUCCCCCCGGAGGAGCCGCUCCAUCGAGUAGCCGCGUCGGACGCCCCGGCCCGUCUAAGAUCCGUGACGGGCUGGAGAACCCUGGGACGAGAGAUGUGGGAGGCGGCCGGUGUCGGCCCCCCUAUCGACCCAGUAUCGCAGGCGAGCGUCCCCCCGUGGGAAGUGAAGAGCGGGGUCACCAUCAGCCUGGACGUGGGACCACUACCACUGAAUGCGACUUCCACACAGAAGAGAGACGCGGCGACCUGUCACCUAGGUAGUCUGCCACAGUGCGCGACUUGGGUUUGGUCCGACGGCUCGGUGGAGGGAGGCAUCACAAACGGCGGCGCUGGCGUUUUCAUCGAGGACCCGGACGGCCAGCAGCACCUACUCACGGUGCCGGCGGGGAACGUCUGCUCCAGCUACCGUGCUGAAAUGGUAGCCCUCAGAGAAGCGCUGAAGUUCCUGCUGGACCGACAAACCCUCCCUCCUGAGCCGAUCGUGAUAUGCACGGACUCCCAGUCAGCUCUGGCGACACUCCGGGGUGGCCCCUCUACCCAAACAACCCUCAUAGGAGGAGAAAUCUGGGCGGCGCUUCAACAGCUGGCGGCCCGCGGCAGGCGUACCUACCUACAGUGGGUACCUUCCCACUGCGGCCUGCCCGGGAACGAGAGAGCGGACGAGCUGGCGAAGCAAGCUUCAGCACUGGACCAAGAGGAAGUCCCCGUCGACGCCAUGACGGUGUACCGCGCGGUGGCAAGGACGGCGCGGGACCAGUGGGUCAGCGACUGGCCGCGCGGAUGGUACCGCAGCCUCAUGGGAGCGAAGCUGCCGGGACCAGUCAGACACCUGGAUCGAGCGGAGGCGGUGGAUGUGCACCAGUUGCGAGCGGGGCACUGGUCAGGCUCCGCCCAGUACCUCCACCGAAUCGGCCGGAACCCGUCGCGACACUGCCCGCAGUGCGAAGACGUGGACUGCCAGGGUGCCCGUUGCCCCCUGUGCAGAGAGACGGCGGAUACUCCGUACCACGUCCUGGUCGAGUGCCCGGCCCUGAUGGGCGCCAGGCUGCGACUCACCGGGACAAUCAGACCCAACAGGGAAGAGGUGCGGAGCGACGGAGUUGUCGCGGCCCUGGCGGCCGCGUUCAGGACCCUGCAGAGCCGUCAGGCUACAGUCGACUGA